CCGCGCGAACGUGCGCGCGGAAAUCCGAUUCCAACCUCGUUGGAACGAACGAAGAGCGAGAGAAAGAGAGACCUCCUUCAAUCCGAAUUUUAGCGCACGAUGACCGCGACUGGACUUCCUCUCACUGUCGAGUUCGGGGGUGGGGCAGAGCUGCUGUUCGACGGGAAAAAGCGGCACGAGGUGGACUUACCUGGCGAGGAAUGUAAGUACUGUCGCGUUGAGGGAGCUGUUCUCUGCUAUCCGUUACCCUCGUUAAUAAUAAUAAUAAUAAUAAUCGAUUUCACAGGGACUCUGAACCGAUUGCUGCACUGGUUGCGGGAUAACCUCCUGACGGAGCGGCCGGAACUCUUCAUGCAGGGCGACACGGUGAGACCGGGCAUUCUGGUUCUGGUAAAUGAUGCCGAUUGGGAAUUGUUGGGUGAAGGCGAUUAUAAACUAUGCCCGCGGGACAGAGUGCUCUUCAUCUCAACGCUGCAUGGAGGAUAAAAGGACGGAGCAUGUCCUGGAAAAGUACAGGAGGCAAGACCGAACUCGCGUUUGUCCUAUGUUUUAACCACGAAGUAAGAAUAAGGAGACUUAUCUAUGUAGAUUGAAAGUGGCCACGAAAAAUGUUCUGUAUGUGGCCAGGUUUGACGAAUGGAAUAACUUGGACCAUUUCAUCGCCAUCUUGAAAUUUGUAUAUUGUAUAGUAUUACGUUUAGUUGAGUUAGUAAUGAGUAAAUGUGUAUGAAACAAUCUAUGUUGUCAACCUUCGAAGUUUGUAAUAAAGAUACCUCUACUCAAGGAA